AUGAAUGAUAUGGAUAAAGGAUUCUUUAGGGUUGCAGGGGAGGUGUUUUCAGUCAGCUUGGCUCAGGGUGGACCUUCCCCAUGCUUCUUGAGGAAGUGGUGCUAUGAUGUCAUUUCAACAGGGGAGUUGGAUGAAUCAAAACUUUCAAAAGAUGAUUACAAUUUGAUUAAACAGGUUGAAGAAGCAAGUGACCUAUCUCCUUGGAGCAAUGCUAUAAUUGACUGCGGUUUUACUGGGGCUAUCACCAAGGAGAACAGAGAUGCCAUCACAAGAUCCAUAGUGCUGCAUGCAACUUUGCAUUUGAUGCCAAUGCUGAAGCAAGUCCGCAAAGGUCUGCAGACUUACAAUUUUGUGGAGGUCCUGGAGGCACAUGCCGAACUCUGCCAGCGUUUCUUUGUCCCUGGUUUCACUGAUGAUGAAAAGACUGAUGCAGAUUUCAUCAUCCAGAAUAUACUCCCGGAAAUGUCUGAGAAGGGGACAAUCAGAGAAGCCAGAGAGAGUGCCCUCAUCAAUUUCUUUCAAGAUUUUCUUCAAGAAAUUGAAACUGCAGGUGAUGUCCAUGAAGAGCAGCCUGAAGCAGACCUUUCCCCUGUAACUGUGCCCUUUGUUAUGCAGUGGCUUACUGGUCAGGCACACAAGCCACUUCUUGCCUCUGAACUACACGAUUUCCAAAUAACACUUAUAUUUGACCAUGAAUGUACACAGCGAAUGCCAGAACACAAAAUAUGCUUCCCUGUUGUAAGUGCAUGUGCUAAAACUAUUACAUUUCCUACUGUACAUAUGACCAGCUAUGACACAUUUAAAACAGUCAUGGUACAGGCUAUUCAGGCUGACCAUGGAUUCCACAGAGUUUAAAGGGGAAUAAAUGCCUUUCUUGGAUUAAAUCACAAAUAACCACUGGUUUCCAGCUCUUCAGGACCAGAAUUGCACAAAUGUUGUUAUAAAAUCACCUCAGUGUUAACUGGUUGAAAAACAAUUGUCUUUUGUACCUGCAGUUCUCAACUCUGGACCUGCCCAUUUCCCUUUUUCCAUUUAGAGUGAGUGUAUUGAAUCAGUCUCGCUUUUAUAAGUAAUUAUUAAUUUACAUGC